AUGGGUGCCAAAUUAACCAAAACGAAAAGUGUAUCAAUCUUAGGAAAAAGCCAAGAUGAACAGCAACAAGCAAGUACAUCUGUUGAAAAAAUAAACAAUCAUCUUGAUGUAACAACAAUUGAAAAUAAUAAACAAUCAAAGAAGAAAAAUAAAAAGAAGAAAGAACAAAAAUCAAAUAAAAAAUCAUCUACAAAGAAAGUAGACAAGAGUACAAGUACAGAAAGUUUUAUAUUAUCAUUACCGGCAUCCACUGAACAAUUGGUCUGUAAUCAGAUGUCUACCAUGAAUAAUAUUGUCUUGUUGAAUACUAAUACAGCUCAGGUAAAUACAGCUUAUCAACCUGAAAUUCCAAAUAAAGAUAUAGAAGAAUUUCGAAAUGCUUGUAUUCGAAAUGGUAUCAUGCCGGCUGAUUAUCAGAUUGAAAAUAAACAAACUUUGAAUGAACAAGAAUAUCAAAUAAAUACUUUGAAUAUUACUGAAGAAUCUUUAAAUAAUACUUCAGUAGCAUUUGUUGGUAAUAGUAAUCAAGUUUACAGCGAUGAAGAACAACAGCAACAACAACAAUCUAUUGAAUCAUAG